UCUAUAGUCUGUGGUAUGACAUUAAAAAAAUAAAAAUGACAGUCGACGAAUAACAUUUUGUGAUGAAAUUAAUUUACGUUGUUUGUACGAUUUCGGCUGGAAAAAUUGCAGCAUAAAUAUGGAGGCAGUUCCAAAAUUACCUCUAAUAAGUUUCGAAUUGAAAGUGAGCCCAGAAAAUACACACUUUGGACCCAAGUUGAAACAGUACAUAGCGGAAGCAUAUCGGGAAGACCCGGAAAGUUACAGCAAUGAGAUCCACCAGUUGGAGGGCUUGCGCUCCGCAGCCGUUCGACCUAGUUUGGACUCCGCGGGCCUCAGUGCUCUGGUUAGGUAUUUCUGCCAAUUACGAGCAUUACAGAGCCGAUUUCCAAUGGUAAAAGGUCAACCCGUGGCGUGUUCUUUCGCUUGGAAAGAUUUAUAUGCCAAUAUGAGUUGUUCCUUAGCUGACAUUCGCUUUGAAAUGGCCUGUAUUUUGUAUAAUAUUGGAGCCCUAUACACCCAGCUUGCAGCAUCUGAGCCUCGUACAUCUGCCGACAGCCUUAAGGCUUCAUGCACGAAGUAUCAAAAUGCUGCUUGGGCAUUCCUUUUCCUACGGGAACAAUAUACACAGCCAUCUGGAGUGGAUGUGUCAUCUGAAAUCAUGAGGCUGUUGCAAGAGAUAUGUUUUGCACAGGCACAGGAGUGUAUCUUAGAUAAAAGCAUCCAGGACACAAAGAAACCCAGUGUUGUAGGGGCUGUUGCUAUUCAGGUUUUGUUCUUCUACAAGAAUGCCUUAGCCCUGCUUGGCCCAUCCACUGGGACAGACAACAUCCACGAAAUUAUUGGGACCAAGCUGUACAACUAUUGGCAUAGAUAUUUGUCUUUCAAAGUGGGCUACAUUGGGUGCAUAGUUUGUUUGUAUCAAGGUAUGAAUGCCGAGGAGCAACAGAAGAUGGGAGAGAGAGUUGCUUACUACCAGCAAGCUGCUGACAAACUGGCAGAUGCCAGGAAACUUGCCAAGUACAUUGAACCAACACAAAUAACACAAGAGGCCCUCACGUUCACCAAUGAUGUAGUGGAAGGCAAGAAAAAGGCUGCCAAGAAUGAGAAUGAGUUCAUCUACCAUGAGGAGGUGCCAGACAAAGAUCUGCUGUUGGAUUUGAAGCCUGUAUGUCUGGUCAAAGCCAUUCCAAUCAACUUGAAUGACCCUGAGAUAUCAGGCCCAGACAUUUUUGCUCGCCUAGUCCCUAUGGUGGCCCAUGAAGCGGCUUCCAUGUACUCCGAAGAGAAAGCAAAGCUCCUCCGUCACAUUGUCACUCAAGUGGAGGCCAAGAAUACGGAGCUGACUGAGUUUAUGUCCUCUUUGCAGCUUGAUCAACUUGAUGUACUGGAUUCAGACCAAAAGAUUCCUCAAGAAAUAGUAGACAGAUGUGCAGCAAUGAACGCAAAGACAGAGAUUAUACAGACACUGGUGGACUCAAUGAACAACCUGGCUGAGAUCAUCAGUGACGUUGAACACUCUUUGGCAGAAAUCAAGAACCUUAUACAAGAGGAAACAAGCAAAGAGAAGGAGUUCCAAAAAGUCAUGGGCCCUCGUCCGCCGUCCAUCGUGCAGACGGAACUAUCGCGGGAAUUCCACAAGUAUCAAGAUGCGCACGCGCGCACUUCGGAGAGUAAUCAAGUGCUGCAUAAAGCGAUGACGCUGCACAUCGCCAACCUGCGUCUGCUUGCUCAGCCGCUGGACGCGCUGCAGGAGAAGAUACCCAGCAUCGAGAAUAUUGAGGGUCUCGACCGCGAGACCAUGGCCGAGAUGCGUCGCGUGGUGGGCAAAGCUCGCGAGAUGCAGGCGCAGCGCGGCGCACUAGUGCAACAGCUGCGCGACGCGGUGACGGCCGACGACAUCACCGCCAAGCUGCUGGCGCGCCCCAACGAGCCCGCCGACGAGAUCUUCCGCCAGGAGCUGGAGAAGCACGCGCCCAAGUCUAAGAUAAUCGAGCAGAACCUCGCGGCCCAGGAGAACAUAAUCAACAAGCUGACGUCUCUGUACGCCUCGUACGGGGACUCGCGCCGAAUGCUCGCCGAGGUUCUGAGGAAGCGGGAGGGAUUGAUAAACGCCCUGAUAACCUCGUACGACACAUACGAAGAACUGCUUGGCAAGUCUCAGAAGGGGCAGGAGUUUUACAAAAAACUGUCUCACAACGUCAACCAGCUCCUGGCUCGCUUGAGGAGCACUUGCCAAGUGCAGGAGGAGGAGCGCGCACAGCAGCUGUCCAAGCAGACUCGGGAAAGCGUAACAGACAGACAGACAGACAUUGCAGCAUCCACCCCAUCCACCACUCCGCCGAUCGCGAGGGCUAUCGACGCGGUACCACCACCACCUAGCGGCGGCGGACGCAAACUGAAGGACUACCUGCCUUACAUGAAGAACAGGAAUGUAGUAGCUCCAAGGAGUAUUACACCUCAAGCUCAAGUGGAUUCUAUGCCACCAGACACUUACUAUCCUGAAUCAAUUUAUCCUACAUCAGUGAGACCUACGCCUGUUGGCUCUGAAGCCACAGAUCAAUCACAAAUGAAAGUUCCUGACGGUGUGGUAAUGCCAAAUCCUUACCGAUACGGGUCUCCUUACGCGCCAAGCGACUCGGACCCUUACGCCGUUCAGUCUAACUACACCUAUCCGCUGGCAAGCAAGCCGAACUAUGAUAAACCAGAGGAUAUGAACUACGGAUACUCUACACCCUACACACCGUCGCAAUACUCGAGCCAAAUCCCUGAUCCGCAGACUUACAACAACCCCUAUUAUACAGCGACUCAUAACAGUUCUACUGUUGUAACUGACUCAUCAAACCCGAAUCCGUACAACAACGUAAGCCAAGCUAGCGUCCUCCCUAGUACAAGCCAAUACAACCCAUAUACCGAUCCCUAUGGGGUGCAAAGUCAACUACCAGCGGUGCCAGAGACCCCUUCGAUGUCGUCUUACAACAAUCCGAAUCCGAAUAAUACGGACAUGAAUGUGAACUUUGCGCAGAUGCAAAUUUCUGGCCCGAAAUCGGAGGCGGGUCAGCCAAAUAUGGGCUACGGGUCGGACUACUCGCAGACGUACUACAGCGUACAGUAUCCGCAAGCGGCUACGCCCAGUAUGUCCACAUACAGCCACGCCCCUCACCAUGCCAAUACAAGCGUGACUCCAUCGCAGAUACCUACAGAUUACUCUGCCCUGAACUACCCUUACACGGGAGAUUCACAGUACCCGCAACAAGCUACUGCCAUGCAGCAAGUGAAUCCCAACGCUGGCCCCAUUCAACCUAACCCUAACACCACUUACACUCAACCGAUAAAUCCCAAUGCUUCUACAGGGUACGGCCAACCUGAGCCCAAUGUAGCUUCAUACAACCAACAAAACCUCAACACUACUUACAUUCCGCCAGUAGACCCCAACGCGACAGCCGGUUACAAUCAAUCUGUAAACCAAAAUGUACCUACUGGUUAUAAUCAAUCAAUUAAUCCAAAUGCAGCUGCUGGUUACACUCAACCAGUAAACCAAAAUGUUUCUGCUGGUUACAGUCAACCUGCGACCCAAAAUGUACCUGCCGGUUACAGUCAACCUAUGCACCAGAAUGUAGCUGCUAGUUACAGUCAACCUGCGACCCAAAAUGUAUCUGCUGGUUACACUCAACCCGUCAAUCCUAACGCAUCUGCGGGUUACAGUCAACCAGUCAAUGCUAGCGCGUCGACUGGUUAUAUUCAACCUUUCAACCCUAACGCAUCCACCGCGUACAGCAGCGCAGAAUAUAACUAUGCGACCAGCGGGUUCGCGACCGUGUCCGAAACGUACCCUAUUUACACCAAUACGGAAAGCGCUGUGACGUCAACGACAAGCUUGACCAAUGUGCCAGUCACCGCUAGCCAACCCUACGGCUACCCAGCUGAACCCGACUCUAACAUGGCCAAUUCCGCUAUGAUGGCCAACAUAGACGCAUUUGACAAACCCAUAAAAUCUCACGUAACCGGCGAAGCUCUAUCUUCGAACAUAAAUUUCCAACCCAGCUACCAAAACUAUGACCAAAACGCCCAAACUAAUUUCACUAAUCCACAACCACAAGACCAAAGUUUUCAACCGAACAACACUAACCCUUACUCAAACGACGCGAACGUCAACUACGUUCAGACUUUCCAAAAUCAUCCCGGGUACAGCUACAACAACGCCACAGGUGGCUAUGAUUAUGCUUAUGGAUCUCAAAAUUCCUAUGUCAAUUAUACAAUGGGACAAUCGAAUGCUGAAUCCAAAAAUCAAAAUUGGAGUGGACAAUACACCAGCGCUGGUGCAUGCGAUACCGUGCAGUCUCCGUCUGAUCAGCCGCAAAGUAUGAUACCACAGUCCACAGACCAGACAAGUAACCAGACUUAUUAUAACGCGCCGUAUGGAUACCAGACCAUACAGCCAAAUGAUACUCUCCCUGCCACUCAACCAGAGUCGACCAACUAUGGCGCCAGUAUGAAUCAGUCGACCUAUAUGCAGUCGGGUCAUGUGCAGAACACUAGUGUUACUUUUACCAAUAACCAAGUGUCUUCUCCGAAAGAGGAAAUUCCCGAACCUAACUAUAACCAAAAUGCUAGUGAAGUGAAUAAUCAGACAGUCCCAGCUUCUGUUGAAACAGUUGAGCAGAGCGAAAAACCGGUUGAAAAACCGGUGGAGACAAAACCGGUCAAAAUAAAGUCUGAAGAAAAACCUGAACCGUCUGUGUUUGAUCUCUUAUCAGAUAUUGACUUUACUGUUGAACAGAAACCGUUGAUGCCUGAGAUAAAGGUGCCCCCGAUAUCUGAGAGUGCGAUUAAAAAGCCUUUGGUGGUGCCUAAAGUGGAGCCUCAACCGAAGCCGGUGCCAAAAGAGGAGGUGGUGGAACGACCCGCUAAGAUGGACCUCAUCUCGGACCCGAUGCUUUUGAACCAGUUCACGCAAGAGGUCAAGGCGCUCCAUAAAAUGUUGGACAAGACGUCCAGUACGAAUUCCACUAGAGAGAUCUUGGAUUUGAAGUGGAAGAGUCUUAUGGAUAGCCAAAACCAAAACAUCAUGUAUAAAUCAAAGUCGGUAGCAUUGGAGCAUGGUGAGGGCAAUGACCCCGAGGAUGUGGUGCCUUUCGAUGACUCGAGACUGAUUCUGAAAUCUAAUCCUGAUGCCUACAUCAACGCUUCCUUUUUUAAGCGGCUGGCAUCCUGGUGCAUUCCUCUGGUAAUCUCAAGCAAUCCUCCCGAGGACAAACACAGUAUCUUCUGGAAGGCUGUCAUAGAGAACAAAAUCACCUGCGUCGUAUGUUUGCAAAGUGAAAUUGAGAUGCAAGGCAACUUCUACUGGCCAACGAACAAGGGCCAAGCAUUAGAGUUAGAGGGCGACGUUAAGGUAUCUUUGGACGAUGUCAAGUGCGGCGUGCACUGGACCGAGCGCAAACUCACAGUAUCAAGCCAGAAGAGUGUCGUCUACGUGUCACACUUCCAGGUCAACGUGUUCCCCGUCAACCGAAUCGCGUGCGCGCCGCUGGUACUUCUGGCGGAUCGGAUCCUGUACCAGACGUACGAGAGCCGUCUCAGCAACCAGCUGUGCGGCGCGUGGUUACAGGACGCGCGCGGCGGCGGGCGCUGCGCCGUGCUGGCGCUGCUGCUGAUGGCCAUGUGCCAGGUGCGCGCCGGCCAGCCGGAGCUCAGCGACAUGCUUGAAACUGGCUGCGUGAGCCUGUACAAGCACAGAACAAACGCCCUGCAAGAGCAGACGUACCUGGUGGACGCCUACAAGACGGCACUUUUCUACGUGCAAGGAGUCCUCUGCUCUGGUACGACAAUGUUCAACGGCGAGACCGUCUCAGUGCCGGCCGGGGCCCCGAUUCUGCCGCUGCUAACGCCUAACCCCAGCGUUCCCACCACCACUCCCAGCCAGCCCACAAAAUCUAGCCACAAGCCGAAAUCCUCCCGGGAGUCCUUUGAAGAGAUGAAGCAGUCCCCAGGCCUCAAAACUGGCGACAUGAAGGACCCCCUCAAUUUCCUGGACCCGCUCUGGAGUCUGAAGAAAAAGUGACAUACACAGCCGCAUGUGCUUUGCGGCAAAAGACGAUAAACUUUCGGUUAAUCAAAUGUGGUUUUCGAACUUUGAUAGGCUUGACGUGUGAUCUUAUUAACUGUGCAAUAAAGUUGUAAAUCGUGUGGAGAUUCUAUGGUAGGCGUUUGAUGAGUUUGAGAACCACUGAUUGACUCGAUCCUAAUGAUAUGAUGUUGUACUUUUGAUAUUCCAUUUUGGCAAGAACAUUAUGCAGUACGUUAACUAAAUUAGGUAGUUCAUUGACACUGUAGUCAAUUUUAUAACUUGUAUCCCGUAAACAAAUAGUUGUUGAACUGUAAUCGCAUAUUCACACAGCAUCUUCAACUUUGAAAUAUUUUUAAAUUGGGGUUUACUUACCUGUUCAUAACAUUAUUGUAAUUGUUUCUUAAACACAACAAGUUAUUAAACAAAUACAUAGGUUAAGUCUGAUAAGAUAUUAAAUUAUGCAUCGUCAAUCUCUUUCACAGAUUUAUUUGGGUGUUUUGGCACACAAGGCGUGUAUUGUUGCAUUGCGAUGUUAGAGCGAUACCGUUUGCGUUGUUUUUAAUAUACAAGGAUACGAAGGCGGAAGGCGUCCUGCGUCUUCAUUGUUGCAUCUUGCUUGUUGUCAAAACGCAUCGUGUGCCUUCACUACUAUUGUUUCACGAUAAUCAUACAUCACUGAAUUUGUAAGGAAUUAAACUAACUAGUUUUGACUAUGCGAGGCUCCACAAGUUUGUCAUACAAAUUGAACUUUGUGUCCAGAUAAUCUUAGGUCAAUGGCACCAAAUCGCUUUCCGUGACUUCGAUUUGUUGUUUGAGCUGACUUUUUAGUAUUUUAUAGCGACUGGUUUGCAGUUUGACUUGAAUCCAAAAUUUGUUUAAAUUAAUUUGGAAAAUUUGCCAUCCUCUUGUAUGCAUUUAUCAAAAAAUUACUGUCAUUAUUGAAAAUAUUAAAGUUUUUUAAUACUACUGUGAUCAACAUUAUAAAAAGUAUUAUUUUAUGAUUUUGUUACUUAAAAAAGGGAAUUUUUAAAAUUGAUGUUAUUGGGUGACUGAGCAUAAGUAUUGUAAGUUAUAGCAUAGUAAUGUUGAGGUAUUUUAUAAAUCGAUCAAUGAGUUAAAUUAGUCACAUUCCUAUUUAAUUUUCUAUAAUAGUGCGGUAUUUCUAGAUUUAAUAAGGUAUAAAAUAUAACAACCAAUCACAAAUUUUACUUUAUGUGUAUACCUGUCAUAUUUAUCUCAUAAAAUUGUAUUUUAGUGUGUAAUAGAAGAUAAAAUUAGGCUAAAAUAUAUUCCGCUACUGUUUUAUAAGUGGUCAAGGGUCUCGCUUAACAAGCUGCUGUAAAGAUACCGGGAUUUAAUUAAGUAAUGGAUGUCCGAAACAUGAUUGGUGCUUAUGAAUGAAGACUCUUGUAAAACAGCCGUGGAAUAUGUACCUACUUAUUUAAUUACUAUGAGUAGAACAUUGAAUACUAUUGUGUAGUUAGUGACAUUUUGCAAGGUACUCAAUAAAGGAACUGACUGAA